GAUGGUGCUUUAAAUAUGUAAGAGACUCAUACUGUAACACUUCAACUCGGAGCAAAAUUCACAUGCAGACUCGAAUGAAAUCAUCAGAAAUCAAAAGCAAACGGCGGAACACGUUGUGUUGAGGCGACACCGGUGUCAGCGUGAGGAGUAUUCAAGGAAGCCACCGGGAAUACAACUUUUAUCAUGAGCGGAACCAAACAAACCAAACCAAAGAUGGAGGACGAGGCCGUGCUGGACCGCGGGGCGUCCUUCAUCAAGCACGUCUGCGAUGAUGAGGAAGUCGAAGGUCACCACACCAUCUACAUCGGCGUGCGCGUUCCCAAGAGCUACCGGCGACGGCGACGCCACGGACGCAGGCGGACUGGCCACAAGGACAGGAAGGAGAAGGUGACGGAGACGGCCUCCGACAAGUCGGACACGGAGACCAACGACGAGCCCAGCAACAGCAUCCUCAAACCUCUCAUCUCACCGGCGGCCGAGCGGAUCCGGUUCAUCCUGGGCGAGGAGGACGAUGGCCCGGCGCCCCCGCAGCUUUUCACCGAAUUGGACGAGCUGUUGUCCGUCGAUGGUCAGGAAAUGGAGUGGAAGGAGACGGCCAGGUGGAUCAAGUUUGAGGAAAAGGUGGAGAAGGGGGGCGAGCGCUGGAGCAAACCCCACGUGGCCACGCUCUCCCUGCACAGCCUGUUCGAGCUGCGCACGUGCAUCGAGAAGGGCACCAUCCUGCUGGACCUGGAGGCUAGCACACUGCCCCAGGUGGUGGAGAUGAUCACGGACAGUCAAAUAGAGAACGGUCAGUUGAAGGCUGACCUCAAAGACAAGGUGAUGUACACCUUGUUGAGGAAACACCGUCACCAGACCAAGAAGUCCAACCUUCGCUCACUCGCUGAGAUUGGCAAGACGGUCUCCAGCGCAAGUAGGCUGUUUUCCAACACGGACAAUGCCCGUAGUCCUCUCGAAAACUCUGUGCCUUGUCUCACGGCUCGCACCUCCGAGGAGGAGAUGCCAGUCCAGAGGAGUCCGAGCAUGGGAUGGCUUAGUAGCCCUGCCACCGCACACAGGAAUAUAUCCUCCAGCAGUAUGAAUGACAUCUCUGACAAGCCUGAGAAGGAUCAGCUGAAGAACAAGUUCAUGAAGAAGUUGCCCAGAGACGCAGAGGCCUCCAAUGUGCUGGUGGGGGAGGUGGACUUCCUGGACGCUCCGUUCGUAGCCUUUGUGCGUCUGCAGCAGGCUGUCAUGCUGGGAGCCCUGACUGAAGUCCCUGUCCCCACAAGAUUCUUGUUCAUCCUUCUUGGUCCCAAAGGCAAAGCGAGGUCGUACCAUGAAAUUGGGAGAGCCAUUGCCACUCUCAUGUCUGAUGAGGUCUUCCACGACAUUGCAUACAAAGCCAAGGACAGGCAAGAUCUGUUGGCCGGGAUCGACGAGUUCCUUGAUGAGGUCAUUGUCCUCCCGCCUGGAGAAUGGGACCCUACCAUCAGGAUAGAACCUCCAAAGUCUUUGCCUUCUUCAGACAAAAGGAAGAACAUGUACUCUGGAGGAGACAACAUGCAUAUGAAUGGAGACACGCCCCAUGAAGGGGGUCAUGGUGGAGGGGGCCACGCAGUGGGUGAUGAACUGAAGAGGACUGGAAAGUUUUGCGGUGGCCUUAUACUUGACAUCAAGCGCAAAGCGCCGUUCUUCGCCAGUGACUUCUAUGAUGCGGUGAACAUCCAGUCUCUGUCAGCAAUUUUAUUCAUUUACCUGGGGACUGUGACCAACGCCAUCACGUUCGGCGGUCUGCUGGGGGACGCCACCGAAAACAUGCAGGGCGUGCUGGAGAGCUUCCUGGGCACCGCGGUCUCUGGAGCGGUCUUCUGCCUGCUGGCCGGUCAACCCCUCACCAUCCUCAGUAGUACUGGCCCCGUGCUGGUCUUCGAGAGGCUGCUCUUCAAUUUCAGCAGGGAUAAUGAGUUUGACUAUCUGGAGUUCCGGCUGUGGAUCGGCUUGUGGUCGGCCUUCUUCUGCCUGGUCCUGGUGGCGACGGACGCCAGCUUCCUGGUGCAAUACUUCACCCGCUUCACCGAGGAGGGCUUCUCCUCGCUCAUCAGCUUCAUCUUCAUCUAUGACGCCUUCAAGAAGAUGCUGAAGCUGGCCCACCACUACCCCAUUGACGCCAGCUACAGGAUGGACCUGGUCACUCAGUACGACUGCAUGUGUAUGGCGCCCACUAUAGAUAACAGCUCAGGACUAGUGCCGGAAACAAUGGAUGGAAACGAUCUGUUUUUCUACAACAUCACCGACAUGCCCAUGAACGCCACGUGGUCAUCCCUGACGCGCUCCCAGUGUCUAGAGUACAAGGGUGAGCUGGUGGGCAAGGCGUGCCAAUUUGUGCCGGACAUCACACUCAUGUCCUUCAUCCUCUUCUUCGGCACCUACACCUGCUCCAUGGGGCUCAAGAAAUUCAAGUUCAGCCCCUUCUUCCCCACCACGGUGAGGAAGCUGAUUAGUGACUUUGCCAUCAUCCUGGCCAUCCUGAUCUUCUGUGGUGUGGACGCACUGGUGGGAGUAGGCACGCCCAAGCUCAUUGUGCCUACUGAAUUCAAGCCCACGAGUCCCAACCGUGGCUGGUUCGUGCCUCCAUUCGGGGGCAACCCCUGGUGGGUGUACCUGGCGUCGGCUCUACCUGCCCUUCUCGUUACCAUCCUCCUCUUCAUGGACCAGCAGAUCACCGCCGUCAUCGUCAACCGCAAGGAGCAUAAGCUGAAGAAAGGAGCGGGCUAUCACCUGGACCUGUUCUGGGUGGCCGUACUCAUGAUAGUGUGCUCCUUCAUGGGUCUGCCCUGGUACGUGGCUGCCACUGUUAUCUCCAUCGCCCACAUCGACAGCUUGAAGAUGGAGACGGAGACCUCGGCCCCUGGAGAGCAGCCCAAGUUCCUGGGAGUCAGGGAGCAGCGUGUCACCGGCGUGUGUGUCUUCAUCCUCACUGGCCUCUCCGUUUUGAUGUCCCCUAUCCUCAAGUUCAUCCCCAUGCCUGUGCUGUACGGAGUCUUCCUCUACAUGGGUGUGGCUUCUCUCAACGGAGUACAGUUCAUGGACCGUCUGAAGCUGCUCCUCAUGCCAGCCAAACACCAGCCGGACCUUGUCUACCUGCGUCACGUGCCGCUGCGCAAGGUCCACCUCUUUACCUUCCUCCAGGUGCUCUGCCUGGCUGCCCUCUGGAUCCUUAAGUCCACUGUGGCAGCCAUCAUCUUCCCCGUCAUGAUUCUGGCCCUAGUCGCUGUGAGGAAAGCCAUGGACUAUCUUUUCUUACAACAUGAACUCAGCUUCCUGGACGACGUCAUACCUGAGAAAGACAAGAAGAAGAAGGAGGACGAGAAGAGGAAGAAGAAGAAAAAGAGGGGAAGCAUAGACAGUGAUGUUGAGGAUUCUGACUACCCCUUCAAUGAGAAUGUCCCCAGCAUUAAAAUCCCAAUGGACAUGAUGGAGCAGGAACCCUUCUUAGGUGAUAAAGACAGAGAAAAGUCCACUUCAUUCCUUGAUCGGCACACCUCCUGCUGAGAGGAAAUACUACUACCAGGCCAACUCAAUGUCAAGUCCUGAAAGACUUCCAUUAAAUGUGCCUCAAAUUAGAAUAGACAUGGACCCUGAUGACAACGGAUACUUCUGGAAAAGCAGGGGCUCUGAGACGUCCCUUUAGCCCCUGCCCCCCUGCCCCCCUACCCCCAUGCCAUCAUGGAGACACCCCUGUGUGUGACACUAUGGAUGACGACGGACUCUUUGAGAAAAUCAGGGGCUCGGAGAUGUCCCUUUAGCCCCACAACAUCUACUCCUGCCGUUGUGUAGAUACACCCAUGCCGAUCACCAGUGGACCAAACCUCGCUGACUACCUUUCAGUGAAAACAACAAAUGAACUUGGAAUGAUAUACACUGAUGGAAUAAUGAUGUGCGUGUGUGUGUGUGUGUGUGUGUGUGUGUGUGUGUGUGUGUGUGUGUGUGUGUGUGAGAGAGAGAGAGAGAAAACUUGUCUUUACAUCUCAGAUGUAU